AUGCAUGCUCGAGCUGAUGAGUCCUCAGCUCGAACAUCAAACAAAUUUCUUCUUCGACAAUUUGAUCUGCCUAAGACAGCUCCAACUGUUCGUAUAAUAAAGCUUUCACAAUCUCUUUUGAAUAAAAAUCGCAGGAAAAGCAGCAAGAAAGCAAGAAAGCAAACCUCUUCCGAAGACGAGUCUGGAGGGUUUUCAAUGUCCACCGAAAGAAGCUUUGAGUUUGAACAUUAA